AGCAGCUCUCGCGCGCUCAAUACCAAGCUCCGCCCUCGCAAGCACAGGUGCACCACUUCCGCCUGCAGCCAUCGCUGCGACUGGUCCGCCCAAAGGCCAAGUGCCUCUCCCUGGCGAGCGAAGAGCUGAAGCACCGAUCAGUGAUGCCACCGCGGCUCCCGCAGUAUCGCUAGCCUCCCAGAGUGCUGCGCAAGCUCCGUCGUUCACGAGACAAGUAUCAGCUGCCUCACCUCAAGAAGCUCAAGAGCACCUCCAACAAGCACCACCUCAACCCAAACCAUCAUCCUGAGCAUACAUGUAGACGAGCAUCAAACGCCAGCCGCUCCUGCACCUUCCCCUUUGCUCGAUUUUUGUCUAAUUUAGACCGACGGUGCGUGCGAUGCAAGUCGCGGCUCGUUGGUGAUGAAGCGUGUACAUUGUAAAUGUUCGUCGCUCGGAGACCGGUCGAGUGGGCCUGCCCUUCAAUCACAUCGCAUAGCACGCCUGCCUGUAUGGCGGUGGCCAUUUAGCUGCAAGCAGGCACCGAGGCUUGGCAGAUGAGAAUGCCGCACGAAGCCCGCAUCCAAUGGCCCUUUGUAAGUUCAGGUCCGCCACCCUUCGGUUUCGUAAAGUCAAGCCUGCCCAUUUGGGCGUCGGAAUGUCAUCAGCCGCACGCAAUUACUCACCGCUCGAACAACGGCCGGCCAUCGUGUCAGCACGCAAAGCCCGCGCAACAACGGAUUCGACGGUGAUCCUAGCUGUCACCACGCCAUCGCCCUUUCGAUGCAGCAAUCUGGUGAGGCCUCGCAUGCCAGUGGCUGGGCCUUGAGCGCGCGUGAUGGAAUCAGGAUCAAUCAAAGGAGUCAGCACUCAGCAGACCGCAUUCUCCAGAAAAAGCAAAAGGCUAAUCAUCGUUCUAAUCAAAAUUUGAUUGAGGGUUUGCAGCAGAAUCACGUUUCAAGUUCGUGAGUGCGGUUGCACCGCGCCUUGUAUCGGAGACGUCACGCAAGAUCGAAUGGGCCAUCAGCAGCAGAUCGAGAG